GUCAAUUAACUUUCCUUCCUUUUCAAACCAGGUCAUAGUCAAUGAUCUUAAAGUGUUAUCGGACGAGAGUAGAUCCCACAGUUGCAUAGAGCAUGCUAGAGGAAUUAUGGAGCUGGAGAAGGCUCCAGAAAAUCUCUCAAAAAAGAUCUCAGCUAUUUCAUUAAGUGGAAAUGAGAAAAAGGUGGAGAAAUUUCUGGUUGAGAAAUUGGAUUGUUACGAAUCCACCAUUGGUGACUCCAACGUGAAGGCGGCUCCUCCUCGCAUUGUAGUCUUUCCACCGCCCUUCGAGGCUGUAGCCCGCAACCCUAUUUUCAUGGACUUGGCGUUUGAUCUCAUCGACUUCCCGUCGCUUGCCAGUAGGAUGCGAAAAGACAAGAAAAGUGGCUUCAUCAGCAGAUUAUGGGGUUGAAUUCAUAUUUCUGCAUUUUUACAAUCUCUAGUUAUGGAUAUUAUCAUGCAUCAUUUUUCCUUUACAAUUUUCUUUGUUCUCUCUUCAAUUUUCGCAACUCUAUUUAUCUGCAACGGAGUUUUUUGUUGUUUUUUUCGUUUUCUAUACUGACUUUGUUUUUUUUCAUUCGCAACAGAAACUUGUGUCGUUACUGAAUGUUUUUUUC